AUGUUGUUCUGGUACAAGCAGACUCUUGGACAGAAACCACUUCUCAUGGCAUCAUCACUUUACAGUGGCCAAAGUAGUUUUUACUUCAACAACUUUAUCAAGGAUUUCACUGAGACUAAACAUCUGAUUGUGAAGAGAGGAGUUGACAGCUUUAAACUGACCAUCUCUAACAAAGAGCCAUGGGACUCGGCUACAUACUACUGUGGUGCUAUGUUAGUGGGCAAAGUCAAAUUUGGAGAAGGACAUUUUUUGAUUGUCAAAGGUAACUUAACUUCCUUCCCUAAUUUUAGAUGUUCAUUUUGCACCAUCAAAUUAGAAAUAUACUUUAGACUUUGGCACUAAAUGAAUAUACCAGGCCAAUACAAUUUACACACUAUGAUCUUACUCCGUCUCUCUCUUCAGGUUCAGACUCUGAACUGUACAAUACACACUGAGACCUGUGCAGGAGAACACAGAGUCUAUUGGUUCAGACAUGGCUCAGGAGAAUCCCAUCCAGGAAUCAUUUACACCCUUGGAGACAGGAGUGAUCAGUGUGAGAAGAGCCCUGAGGCUGGGUCUCCUACACAGAGCUGUGUCUACAACCUCCCAGGAGGAACCUCAGCCUCUCUGAUGCUGGGACUUACUACUGUGCUGUGGCCUCAUGUGGGGAGAUACUGUUUGGGAAAGGGACCAAGCUGGACAUCGAAGGUAAGCUGUGCAUAAUCAAAAUACACCACUAAUGUUCUAUCAAAUGGUAGGAAAUAUCAAUAUGUAAAUCUACCGCUUUCAAUUCAUAGUAGAUUUCAAAUGAUAUAACUUUUAUAGCUAACUUUUAUGCCAAAAGCACUGAGGAAUAAAGAAUAAUAGAAAAUAAUCACGUUUUCUUUUCUACGUUUCAGACCUGUUGGGUGAUCAGAGAAAUCAUAUUUUCCUCAUCAUUCUAUCUUGCCUGACAACUGCUGUGAUUCUGAGUGUGGUUGUCAACGUUAUCCUCUGUGUGAGAAUGAAGAGGUCACGAUGUGAACACUGUGCAGGUACAGUAAAAGUCUUCAUGCUAAUAGUAAUAGUAGUAAUAGUUAUAGAUCAAAAAGAAGGGUGAAGGCUAGCUCUCCUUUUACCACUUCCCUCUCUGGACAUUGUUUUCAUUUCACAAGCCUAAUUCAUUUUGAAGCAGAAAAUAUGACAUACAUAGUAUGUUUCCAGUAUUUUGAAUGUUUUGUCAUUUAUCUUUUAGCGGGGACCCCUUUUCAGCAGAGCCAGUAUGGGAAGCCUCAUGCCAACACAUCUGACCAACUGGUUUGCAGAAUUGCUGUAUCAAGAGUGAGACUGGAUAAGAGUAUUAAAGCUAAAUAUUACAGCAUUAAAUUUGACCCGGAGUUUGAAUUGAGUGAGUCUGUGUUUCAUCCUCAUAGCUCCACGGUGACGAUGAUGGCCUGAACUACACUGCCCUGAAGUUCACUGACAAGAAGAGUACCAAGCCCAGGAGACAGAGGAGAGAACAGAGAAAGGAAGAAACCAUCUACUCUGGUGUGAGUCAUCAAGACAGGAUGUGACAGUCCUCCAAUCAGCAUCAUUUUAAGUUUAGCCCUAUUGACCUACACUUUGAGCUUGACUGUGUCCGUGUGACUUGGCUAUUUUGUACAUUCCUCAUUUGUUGUAAAAUGUAGUAGUCGGGCCAAGCUGAAAAGACUCACUGCAUUGGCAUACUCUCCCAAUAUCAACAUAGAAUCACUCAAUGAAAAGGUAUCAAAUGAUCACAUCUUAUUUUGUCAAAAAGGUGCCAACCUCACCAGAGUUCACUUCCUCCUGAAAGCUUGAACUGCUUCUACAGACAUGAAGAGAGAAAUACAAUGUAAACCCCCUGUGUAUGUCAAAGAGGACAUAUGUACCACUAGUCUCAGCCACCGACCCAAAUGAUGAAAAAAUACAAACCAGUAACACUGACUUUAAGUCAUUUAAAGAUUAAUAGCACACCUUUUUGAUAGCAUAAGCAUGAUUCCUCAAUGAAUACACAUCUGUAUGUAAGGUGAGACAUUUUCUCAACCUCACUUCCUCUUCAAAUAACCAAUGGAGCCAACCUAAAAGUUGUGCCUCCUGUGGAUAUCGUUCAGAUACCUUUGUUUCUCUAUAUCGUUCAGAUAACUUUGUUUUCCGAUAUUUUUCAGAUACCAAAUAUAUUUUGAUAUCGUACAGAUAUCUUUGUUUUCCUAUAUUCUUCAGAUACCGUUGUUUUUCCGAUAUCGUUCAGAUACCAUUGUUUUUCUAUCUCGUUCACAUACCUUUGUUUUUCUAUCUCGUUCACAUACCUUUGUUUUUAUAUUUCGUUCAGAUACCGUUGUUUUCGAUAUCGUUCAGAUACCGCUGUUUUUCGACAUCGUUCAGAUAUCUUUGUUUAGCUAUAUCAUUCAGAUACCUGCAGCCCUCCGCACCUCUCUGAUUCAGAGGGGUUGGGUUAAAUGCGGAAGACACAUUUCAGUUGAAUGCAUUCAGUUGUAUAACUGACUAGGUUUCCCCUUUCCCUUCCUUUUGUUUUCUAUAUCAUUCAGAUACCUUUGUUUUUCGAAAACAGUCGAAAGUAUGACUCUCAGAUAAUGCUGUGUCUUACUGGUGGCUUAUUCAUUGUCAUAUAUUUAUCCAUAAUAGUCUGUGUGUCUAUCCCUGUUUGAUCUUCCACGGGACCAAGCUUUACAUUGACCGUAAGUGAUAUUUCAACAUUCUAUGCCUGGUUGAACAAAAUGUCCUGAAUUUCCUCUAUCACUGUCUGUAUUUCUACAGAUGGUUGUAAGGAGGACCAUGUUCUCUUGGUGUACUGUCUGGGUGUAGCGUUGGCUCUUUGUGUCAUCCUCAUCAUUGUCCUUGGUUCUGUUUUGUAUAAGAUGACCAAGGAAACCUUUCUGCUGUGCCAAGGUAAGCGUUAUCAUUGUGCAUAAUAUAUGCUUUAAUUGUUGGUGUACUGCACAUGGCUUGUUUUUGGUCAUAACGGUUCUUCAAAGGUAAGCGUUAUCAUUGCGCACAAUACAGUAUAUGCUUAAACUGUUGGUGCAAUGUACAUUACAUGUUUUUGUCAUGAAACUGGGCUAAUUCACUGAAUGAUAAUGAUGAUGAUGAUUCCUUCAUGUUUUUGUCUAAAAGGAACGCACCCUCAGCCAAGUGGUCCGGGAGUCCCCAGUUCUCAUAACCAGGUAUGCAGACCAUAAAGUUAACUAUUCUGAGUAUGAUUUUGAUGAACUGUAAACAAAUAUCAAAAUAUCAGGUCAUUUCCUGAUGUCGUUGGAAUUUGUUUUGCUAUUCCACACUCACGUCGGUCCAUUACGCUGCUCUGAAUGUCAUCCAUAAGAAGCCGAAAACUCAGAGACAGAGGAGCGCCAUCGAGAAAGACACUGUGUACUCUUGGAUGAGGUGCCAAAACAUGGACUGAAACAUAGACUUUUCCUCCGUAUAGACAUACAUUGCUUUCUCUGUGUUUCAGGCUUUAUAUAUAAUUUGAAACGUUUUUAUUGUAAGUGUGUUUCAAUACAACGUAACGUUAGCUAGCGAGCAAGCCAGCUAACGUUAGCUAGCUAGCUAACAGUAGACUUUAACUUGAUAUGAAACCACUUUCUGUCAAAAUAUGAAACAUGUAAUAUCUCCCUGUCACAGAUGCCAUGCAUGGUUGCCCUUAGUUUGAAGAUGUAAUCCGGAGACAGGUGUUUUCUCCAUCUAUUUAGCUAUCAUACUCUAAUUCCACUGAUUUCAAAACACGAUCCUCCAGAAAGUGGAGAGCAACACUUAUGCAGCGCCACUACACAAUAAAAAAAUUAAAAAGCCGUGUUAGACAGGAUUACCUACACGUGCUGACCAGCCCAAAUAGACAGAAUCCUUCUAUAUGGCAGACCAAUCCAAACUCCUCUCUCGGCAUGUCCAGCCCACUCAUUAUCUCUGCCAAUCAUGGCUAGUGGGAUGGUUGCUGUCUUUUUCUGUGGCUUAACCAACUAGGCUCGUAAUUUAACAAUUCUAUUUGCAUUUAUAGAUGGCAUACAAGUUUGUUAUUAAGGCACAUGAAAGUUCACAUGUUCCAGAAGGCAUUUCUGCCAAAACAUGCAUUUUGAUAAAAACAAAAAGUUUACGUUCAAAUGGCUCUCCUGUGAAGUAAUGACCAGCGACAUAACCCUAUUUCCUGAAACGAGUCACAUAUGACGAAGACAAUGACUCGUGUUUGUGUGUAGUUUUGUAUUGAGUUCCAGGGAGUAGUUGAAUAAGUAUGGGAGACAACUUAUUUAUUCAAGUCAUCUCUCCUCUGUAAUGUGUUGUCCUCUUUUAGUUGUGUUGAUAUAAUGUCACUCACACCAACCCCCACACAACAAGUUCACAGGUACUCUGCAAUCUUCUGUAAGCCCAAGACAAGGCUGUAUCUACGCUUUGGUCAGGUGGCCUGCUGGCUUUGUGCACACAGGACCCUCCUACCUGCUCUCUGUGUCUCUGUGUCUCUAUGUGGUUUUCAGAAGGAUGUCUAUGUGGUGUCACUGUUGUUCUCACUAUCUUUACUUGUUGUUCAUGUUGCCCUGACAGAUUACAGCCACAGCAAAACAGUUAUUUAUAAAACUGACUCUAAUAUAUAUUUAGUUAUCUCAAAUCAGUUGUAAACCACAUAGAACUGCUGAUGAACCCUAUUUGAACUCUCUGAGUUAACUGUGUCAUGUGUGAUACAGCACCAUCUAUCCUAGAUCUAUGGGCUCAGGGGGAGGGGCCAGUUUAUGAUGACGUCAUGGGAGAACUUUCAGUACAUUCUCAAUCAUACAUGUCUUGUGAAGCACAAACACUACUGCAGGUUCCUCUAUCAGAAGGAGACCAAUAGAGGAUGAUCCUCCUUCUGAUAGUUUGCUUCCUAUAAGAACCACACUAACCAGAGAGUGAAACAGACUAGAUAAAGUGUGUCAUAUUGGUUAGCUGGUUGGCUGGUUGACUGGUGUCCAAUCAGACAUGCACUCUCGGGUGUUACACAUCAGUCAAUGCAUGUUUCUGUGAAUGAUAUACAGGUAAUGAGAAUGCCAUACAAUAGACUUGUUUCAUUCUGUUGGGGUUUUCCCAUAUGCACUCUGCUCCACCCCCCUUCACCCUUAUACUGUAUAUGACAAGACAUGUUCUAGACACAACAGACCUCCUAUGGGUCAUCUGGAGUAUUGUAACUGUUGAAUGACCAGCUGGACAAAAUAAUAUUUGAUUUCUUUCAAAUACUUAAGGUAAACUUCUAUCAAAGAAGAGAUGUAUUACAAAGACAAGGUAUUACAGAGACAUAAUACACUUAUAAGGGACAUGCAUAGUGCAGUGGCACUACUGAGGUUAAUUAGAGGAUAUGGGCUGACAUAAAAAAAAGGGCAAAAUUAUAGCCGUGCUAUAUUUAAAAGGGCAUUAGUAACCAACAAAUUAAUAGGCCAUUCUAUUGCCACAACUAAUAAUACUGUAACACCCUGAUCUGUUUCACCUGUCUUUGUGAUUGUCUCCACCCCCCUCCAGGUGUCGCCCAUCUUCCCCAUUAUCCCCAGUGUAUUUAUACCUGUGUUUUCUGUUUGUCUGUUGCCAGUUUGUUUUGUUUCGUCAAGCCUACCAGCAUUUUCCCCUUUGCUCCUGUCCUUUUCAAGUUCUUGGUCUCACAUAUCCCUGGACUUUGUCACGGGUCUUCCCCCGUCUGAUGGCAACACCGUCAUCCUGACAGUUGUGGACUGGUUUUCCAAAGCCGCCCACUUCAUUCCUCUCCCUAAGCAAUCCUCCGCCAAAGAGACGGCCCAGCUCAUGGUGCAGCACGUCUUCCGGAUCCAUGGACUCCCAGUGGACGUGGUCUCCGACCGGGGUACUCAGUUCUCGUCCCGGUUCUGGAAGGCGUUCUGCACACUCAUUGGGUCGUCGGCCAGCCUGUCCUCUGGUUUCCACCCUCAAUGCAACGGCCAGUCGGAUCGAGCCAACCAAUACCUGUAGACGACACAGCGCUGCCUGGUCUCCGCCAACACCACCACCUGGAGCCAGCAACUAGUGUGGGUCGAAUACGCCCGCAACACCCUUCCUUGCUCUGCCACGGGUCUUUUGUCCUUUGAGUGUUCCCUGGGUUAUCAGCCUCCGCUCUUCCCAGAGCAAGAGGAAGAGGUCGGCAUUCCCUCAGCCCAGAUGUUUGUCUGCUGCUGUCUUUGUACCUGGAGGAGAGCCCGGUCGGCUCUUCUCAAGACCACAUCCAGGUAUCGAUGACAAACGGACCACCACCGGACCCCGGCUCCCCGGUAUCGUCUCGGGCACAGGUAUGGUUGUUCACCCGAGAUCUGCCCUCCGGGUGGAGUCCCACAAACUUUCCCCCCGGUUUAUCGGUCCGUUCCCCAUCUCCAAGAUCAUUAGCCCCUCUGCUGUUCGUCUUCUGUUGCCCCGUACCCUCCGUAUACAUCCCACUUUUCAUGUGUCUAGGAUCAAACCCAUGUCUCACAGCCCUUUGUCUCCUGUUUCCAGGCCCACCCCUCUCCCCCGCCUCAUCGACGGCCAACAGGGUUACAUGGUGAGGGGUCUCCUGAAGGUUCAACCUCGGGUCAGGCGAUUCCAGUACCUGGUUGACUGGGAGGGUUAUGGCCUGGAGGAGAAGUGCUGGGUCCCCGCUAGGGACAUCCUGGACCCAGGCCUCAUCUCGCUGAGUUUCAAAGCCGGAACCCUGGUCAACUGUCACACCUUGAUCUGUUUCACCUGUCUUUGUGAUUGUCUCCACCCCCCUCCAGGUGUCGCCCAUCUUCCCCAGUGUAUUUAUACCUGUGUUCUGUUUGUCUGUUGCCAGUUCAUUUUGUUUCAUCAAGGCUACCAGCAUUUUUCCCCUUGCUCCUGUCUUUUUCAAGUUCCUGUUUUCUAGUUUUGACCAUUCUGCCUGCCCUGACCCUGAGCCUGCCUGCCGUUCUGUACCUUGUCACACCACCCUGGAUUAUUGACCUCUGCCUGCCCCGAUCCUGAGCCUGCCUGCCGUUCUGUACCUUUUGGACUCUGAUCUGGAUUACUGACCUCUGCCUGCCCUUGAUCUGUCGUUUGCCUGCCCCCUGUUUUUGUAAUAUACUUUUGUUACUUCGACACUGUCUGCAUCUGGGUCUUCUCCUGAAACGUGAUAAAUACUAUUUCAUGUUGAAAACCAAGUGCCAAAAAUGCAGGUUGUAUGCUGUGGGGGAGAAAUUUAGGCUGGAUUGGGAUGGGCUCAAUAUCAGAGGCACUAGAGAGUGGAAUAUGAUCCUUUACUGUUUGUCCAAACAUCAAAAGAGAACUGGUCUUAAUAAGUUUCAUUUCCCAAAUAAAUAAGCAGUGUAUCAAGGCACAAUUUGAUCGGCUUGAUCUAAUAACUCUGACUUGAUUGUCUUCUUUAAAAGUCUGUCUGGGCUGCUCAAACUAUGGUAAACACACUUGCUAGACUGUAGCUUUUAUUCCUGUUCAGUCAGCCAAUAGUCUCUCAGUUCAGUGUUCCCUCCUCCUGUAUGAUGGCUACAUGUAAAGUGUCAUCAUGAAAGAGGUGCCUGUUGUCAGACCCUCACACUAUACAGUGCAGAAAGGAUUGACAUUACAAUGAUGAUCAGACAUUGGACAAUGUUUUUGUUUUACGCCAACUUUGGUAAGUACGACAUUUAAAUGUGGACCCGUUUUGUCUUUUAAAUCCACUUAAAUUACAUUUAGUAUGAAUAUGAAAAGCAUAAUAAUAAUGAGUAGAAAAUAUUUGUUCUUUUACAGUUUUUGCAUUUAUGAAGGACAUUCUUCAACCAGACCCUUUGAUGGUUACUGGGAUGCGAGGUAGUGUGUCUCUCACUUGCUUUUGUCUAUCUACUUAUGUUGCUGUGUAGAUCAUGUUUCUAUCUGUGACAGUCCCAGCCAGCCCUUUGUCUAUAGUGUCAGCCAAUGUUGGAGGCACAGUAACUUUGCAUUGUGUCAACUUCAACUGCUUGUGAUGGGUAUAAAUGGUUUUUUGAUACAUUGUCUUUAUUUUAUUUUAUAGUUUGUGCAUUUACUAUGGACAUAGUCCAACCAGACCUGGUGAUAGUAACUCAUCUGGGAGGUAAUGUGACUCUCACUUGCUUUUGUCCAUCUAGUUUGAUGACCUAUGUUGCUGGCUUCAAGCAGACUGUUGGACAGAAGCCUCUUCUCAUGGCAUCAUAA